GGCGCGGGGCGCGGAGCAGGGGCCGCGGGGAGCGGCGGGGCCGCGGCGGAGGGCGGGAGGCAGGAGGCAGGAGGAGGAGGAGGAGGAGCAGGGGGAGGCGCGGGAUAAAGGAGCGCCCGGCGCUCCCGCUCGCUCUCCGGCGGGGCCGAGGGAGGCAUCAUGGCCGCGAAGUCGGACGGGCGGCGGAAGAUGAAGAAGGGCGGCGAGGUGGCGUUCACGCCGCUGCAGAACUCGGAGCACUCGGGCUCCGUGCAGGCGCUGGCCCCGGGGCUGCCCGCCGGCUCCGGGCCGGGCGGCGGCAGCGACGACGACGAGGCUCCCGGGGGCGGCUGCUGCAGCGGCGGCGGCGGGGACGGCUCGGGCGGCGGCUCCCGCUGCUGCUGCUGCUGCUGCUGCGGCGGCGGCAGAGGAGGAGACGGCGGCGGGGGCGGCGGCGGGGGCUCGCGGGGCUCGGGCGGGGGCUCGUCCUCGCUGUGCCUGCGGCUGGGCAGGGAGCAGCGGCGCUACUCGCUGUGGGACUGCCUCUGGAUCCUGGCCGCCCUGGCCGUGUACUUCGCGGACGUGGGCACCGACAUCUGGCUGGCGGUCGACUACUACCUGCGGGGCCAGCGCUGGUGGUUCGGGCUCACGCUCUUCUUCGUGCUGCUGGGUUCACUCUCCGUGCAGGUCUUCAGCUUCCGCUGGUUCGCGCACGACUUCAGCACGGAGGACAGCACCGCAGCCGCCGCCGCCGCCGCCGCCGGGCACUGCCCCGGGGCCGAGAGCAAGCUGCUGGUGAGCAGCAGCUCGGCGGCCGCGGACAUCGACGCCGCCCGGCCCUGCACGCCGCAGCGGCAGGCGUCCACCGCCAGCAAGAGCAACGCCACCAACAGCAGCAGCAGCGGCAGCAGCAACGCCGCCGGCAGCGGCCCCGCCGGCAACCGCGGCGGCAGGUCGGCGUCGUGCGCUUUCUGCGUCUGGCUCCUGCAGUCGCUCGUCCACAUCCUGCAGCUCGGGCAGGUCUGGAGGUAUUUCCACACUAUAUAUUUGGGUAUCCGGAGUCGACGGAGUGGAGAGAAUGACAGAUGGCGGUUUUAUUGGAAAAUGGUGUAUGAGUAUGCAGAUGUGAGUAUGCUGCAUUUGCUAGCCACGUUUCUGGAAAGUGCACCACAGCUGGUCCUGCAGCUCUGUAUUGUUGUGCAGACUCGUACACUUCAGGCUCUCCAAGGUCUUACUGCUGCAGCAUCUCUCGUAUCCCUAGCCUGGGCUCUGGCUUCCUACCAAAAGGCUCUCCGUGACUCCCGUGAUGACAAGAAACCCAUCAGUUAUAUGGCUGUUAUAAUCCAGUUUUGCUGGCAUUUCUUCACCAUUGCAGCAAGGGUCAUUACUUUUGCUCUGUUUGCCUCAGUUUUCCAGCUGUACUUUGGGAUCUUCAUCGUGCUCCACUGGUGCAUCAUGACCUUCUGGAUCGUCCACUGCGAGACAGAGUUUUGCAUCACCAAAUGGGAGGAGAUAGUUUUCGACAUGGUUGUUGGGAUAAUCUAUAUCUUCAGCUGGUUCAAUGUCAAGGAAGGAAGGACACGCUGUAGGCUUUUCAUUUACUAUUUUGUGAUCCUUUUGGAAAACACCGCCUUGAGUGCUCUCUGGUAUCUGUACAAGGCUCCACCAAUCUCUGAUGCAUUUGCCAUACCAGCACUGUGCGUAGUGUUCAGCAGCUUUUUAACAGGCAUUGUUUUUAUGCUAAUGUACUAUGCCUUCUUUCAUCCCAACGGACCAAGGUUUGGGCAGUCACCAAGCUGUGCUUGUGAGGACCCUGCAGCUGCCUUCACCCUACCCACAGAAGUGGCAACAAACACUCUUCGGUCCAUCUCCAACAACCGGAGUGUCACGAGUGAACGGGAUCAAAAAUUCGCGGAGCGGGAUGGGUGUGUGCCUGUGUUUCAGGUGAGACCCACUGCACCAUCCACACCUUCAUCCCGGCCACCAAGGAUUGAGGAGUCAGUCAUUAAAAUCGACCUGUUCAGGAACAGGUACCCAGCCUGGGAGAGACACGUGUUGGACAGAAGCCUGAGGAAGGCGAUCUUGGCAUUUGAAUGUUCCCCUGCUCCUCCACGGCUACAGUAUAAAGAUGAUGCCCUCAUCCAGGAGCGCUUGGAAUAUGAAACCACAUUAUAAAUGAAACAAAAACACAGCUUGAAGAAGCUCUGGCAUUACAGUCCCAGUUAGGGGUUGAUGGUAGGGCUGUAGGAUUAACUAAACUGCAUACUACAAGUAGAGCAGCAAGCUGUAGUGUUCUUAGUCUGGCUACCAUCAUGAUUAUCAUUUGAUCCACUGUGUGCAGUCUAUCUGCAGGACACUGGUACAGCAGCAUCACCUGAAAGCCUCAAAAAACAAACAAACAAAAAAAAAACACUGACCCACACAUAGAGAUUGGUUACUCCAUCUGGGAAAACUCACCCAUGAGUCAUUGCUGCUAUGAAACUGACUGCACAGUACUUACAAGCAAACCAAUAAGGAGGCUCUGACCAGAGCUUUCAACUUUAACCAGUAGUGCAUUUUAUUUUAGAAAUGAAUGAUUGAUAUUUGCAUAAUCAAUGGAAAAACAAACAAACAAACAAACAAAAACUUUUCAAAAAUAACAAAACUAUAGCACAUAAUGUUGCUGUUAUUAAAACUGGUUUCUGGGAAAAAAAAUAGGAGCAUAAUAGUCUUCAACAUCCCAUAAAUAGACCAUUCAGGUUAGAAUAGGUUUGCAAAAUAGUUCUUAAUUAAAAAGAUACAUCAUCAUCUUUGUAAGGUUAUAAAUGGAAAAUAAACUAAAUUCUGAUCAAUUAGCUCAUAAACAUAGAUGCCACCAGAACUGUUUGUUUUCUGUGGAAUUUCAAAGUCUUUUUAACUGCAAUUUAAGUUCUUUAUGUUGCUUUCAACAGAAAUCCUAUGCAGCUCACUUAUGGUUUUCAGGAGAAAUAAGGAGCUCUAGCACGUAGUGAUGUAAAUUAAAUGAUAAUCAUGAUUCAGUGUUCAAUUUGCAAAAAAUAUAUAUAUAUGUAAAAGAACAGGGAAGUAUAGUUUUCAUAUUCUAAACUUUUUGGAGGACCCCAUUCAGAUAUUUCAGAAGAAAUUACAAGGAGAUGAACACACUGAAACUUCUUUCUGUUUCAAGACUGUGAAUGCAUGAUUCAGUGUGUGAAUGUAUGCAGGGGUGACAAGAGACUGUGACAUGCCAUACCCUUCUAGUGCCAAACAUUGUAUAACUGCAAGACUGAUAUUGCCUGAGGGACAGAUAAUACGUGGCAUGAGCCCUACGAGACCAAGAAGCGGGAAAGAGAGAUCCAGUUCUCAACGUGUAGAGACAGCUCUGUUUUUUCCCACCCAAGGUGAAAGUGAUGUCUUUUAAAGGCUUUCAGCCACCUCUUAGUAAGUAUAUUCAGUGAAGUAUGAUAUAACCAAGCUAUGUGGAAGACCCUCUUCUGCCUGUUCAAGACUUGUUUCCAGAUAUGUCUAAAAAUUACAUUGAAUCUCUUGUAAUAGAGUGCUUUUGCUGCAAGCUUUUGGGUUUUAAAUACCUCCCUAAAUCUAGUCAAUGGUAUCCUUCUUUAUGUUAAAAGUAUCCCCUGAUGGUGCUUUCAGAUGCAUUAAAGGUGCAAGUCAAAAUUUGAUAGUAUUUUUUUUAAAGCUGGUGCAGAGUGAAAAACUCAUGAAUUAUUUCAAUAUUUUUGUAAAGUAAAAAUAUGAUAUAAAAAGGUUACUUUUUAUAAACCUCAAAUCUUUUAAUACAUUUCAUUCUCUUUAUAGCUUAGAUUUUAAGAAUUGGUCCAUGAAUUUUAUCAACUAGCUUCUGCAGGUUGAUACAAACCUGGUUUUCACAUUAUGGAUUUGUUUUGCAGUGUAAUGUCAUAUGAAAGCCUACAUGGGUACUUUUAGAAAACUCCAUAAACCGUGGAUCUUGCUUCUAAUGAAAGUGGCUUGUAAAGACACCAAGCAAUUCCAUAAGAAACAAUUUGCUAUAACUAUUUCCAACCGUUUUAGGAAAGCGAAGCAGAACUGAAGAGUUACUGUUUUAAAUGGCAUUGUCAGGAUGGAGAAGACCUGAUGACUGGUACUUUAAUCUUCACUGUCAGGUAUAUUCAGUGUAGUCACUGCUGUAUAUGCUGCUGGGUAAAAUUCAGCCUUUCCUGUUAUUAAUAUUUGUACUAUGAAAGAGCAGAGGUUACACACCUUUGUUUAUUUGUAUGCGUUCAAUUAGCCAUUUUUAAUGUUGACUUUUUUUAAUUAGUGAAGUGUUCAAUAUCUGUUGAUUUUUGCUGGGGCGAGUUCCUCAAAAAAAAAAAAAAAAAAAAAAUCUGUAGAAGUGCAGGAACUUGCAAGCCUAAAGGAACUUUGUGCAGAUCAGAAAACACUCAUCUUUGAAGGGUUUCUUAGGUAUUUUAGAAUUAAGCAGUGGCCAGCUGCCUCUAUAAUCAUUUUUAAAUAAAAUAAUUAUUUGAUAGUUCAAACCCAAAGCUUUGUACAAAGUGAUUGCCCUUCUCGCCAUGCAGAUAUGUUUGAUUGUACAGAGAAAAGCUCUCAUGUUUUUUCAAAAAAUAAUAAUAAUAAUAAUAAUAUACCACUGCAAGAAUUGCUUUAAAAAAGGAUUUGGGGAGCAAACCCUUUGUCCAGACAAAUUUGGUAGAACCUUCACUCCAGAAUCCAAUGCUGGGUCACACAAAGAAAUUGCCAUUUUCCUUUGCAAACAAAGCAAAUUGUAAGCUUUGUAAUCCAAGGUGUGAGGGUUUCUUUUGUAAACUGUUCUAUAUAUUUGCUACUUCUUUAGUAACUUAGGAAUGCUAGCAUGAGUGAGGCACCAUGGGCAGUGCUCUCACUCCACAUGGGCUCUUGUGUCCCUCUGGCACCUCCUGGGGAGAGGGGCAACAUCACAGCUACCAGCAAGCCUUGUCCUCUUCUGAUGUCCUUCUUAACCUGUCUCACUGUUCCUUGGAGAUGUAAGCCCUUUGGCUGGGGCUAACAGAACUGAAGAAACAUUGCUUAAUGCCGAAUUUAAAGAGUUACAGUCUGGAACAGUGCUUGCACUGCACGGUUUCUGAAGGUUUGGGGUGUUUUUGUUUGAUUUUCUCUCAUUUGGUUUUGGAAGGAAGGACACAGGGGCAUUAUUAGUUCAUUUGCUUGUUAAUAUCUACCAUUUACUUUCCUUACCUUCCCAUCAUUUUAAUUUUUUUUUUUAAAUUUUUUAGUAAAGUUUGUAAAUUUAUCUCAAGCAAAAUACUGCAGGUUCUGAGUGCACGGCGCCACAUGUGGCAAUACAUAUACGCAGUGGCAGUACGCAUACACAGCUUGUCUUCUGAAUGCAGUCUGCAAAGGGGAGAAGUCAUUUUAUAAAGAGUCAAAAUCUGUUCUCCAAAAUCUUGCUCAGUUAUGUUUGUAAUGCCAGUGAUACUUGCGCUGAGAACAGGACGGCCAUCAUAAUCUUAAUGUUCAGAUGACUAUGUGGAUAGUUUCCUGAUUUGCUUUGCUGUGAACAGCCACCUUACAGGCUGUAAGAAUUUUUAUAGAGUUUGCCAAGAUUAAACAUAGUCCACGCUGAAAUCCCACGAUGGCCUUAUGGACAGUUAAUCAAUAUGCACUAUUCUUUUUAACACAGACAAUUUUAAGGUCUAUCAAUAAAAUUCAAUUAAGACAGCAAUAGCAAAUAAAUAAAUAAAUAAAUAAAAUAACUUCUGUUUUUGAAAUAAUGGGAAAAAAAAUCAGGUCUUUUAAAUUCCAUUACAGAUUAACAGGAAAAUUAAAAGGUUCGUAAUUACAUUCUGGUAAAUAAAAGCAAUCACUUCUCUUUGUUAGAAGCAAAUAUCAUGUAAGUGUUGUCCUAAUGAACCAAAAAAAUUGCCAGCAAAUCUGAAGGUAACUUACAUGAUUAAAGACUUAGUCCUAAAAUUUUGAGAGCUGUGGAUUUUAUGCUAAAAAAAAAAAAAAAAAAAAAAAAAGAGAGAGAUAAAAGGCAAUUUAAGUAGUUACUUCUCUAAUUACAUAAAGGAGACAUAAUGCAUACACACGUUCAUUCAGAAAACUUAUAAGAAAAUGUAAGAAAACUUUUUGUCUUAUUUUAAAAGAAGUGUUAUUUGUUCUAUAUUAAGAUAAUCUUUUUUAAAGAGUUAUUUGAAAAUAUGUGCAAUACUUUUUUUUUAAUGCAGUUUUAAUAAUGAAAAACAAAACAAAACAAAACAACUCAUUUCCACUUUUGUUUAUGUCAGUUAAAAUAUGCUUCUUGUGCUAGAACAGUGUUUCUGUGCUUGGGUUAUUUGGCCUUGAUGGCAUAUAAAUGCUAUUGUCAUUGGCAAAUCAAUAAAUUUUCUAUUAAUUAAUUUCUACAGCACUUGGAUUAGAGAAAAUUUUCCUUCCAAAAUUAAAUGUUAGGCCUCAGCUGCCUGAUUUUGUAAAGUUUUAAGCAGAGGAGGAAAAUUAAAAAUGUUUUGGAGCUGCAAUUUUUAAUAUAUGAACUGUUAAACACUUUUUUAAAAUAUAUGAUAGUCUCACUAAUAUAUCAUUAUAUCUCCAAAAGAGCAAUUCAUGAGUGGUGUUCAAAGUGAAAUUGCUGCUAUUUUUGGAAAGGGACUCCCAGUCAUUCUAAAACAAAAACAUAUUCAUUUACUUUUUAUUGGCCUGCAAAUAUUCACAACUAGCCUGUUGUAUUUUUAGAACAGUACAUUACAAAAUUUUAAGUAUUUGUGACUUGAAAAUACAAUUCCUUAGAAGCCUUAAAAAUGGCACUGUACUGAGUUUUAGUUGGCUCUGACAGUGAUUUAACUCCCAAAGCCACCGUCCUUUUUCUGCUCAGCCCUUGAAGUCGUGUAAUCCAGAGUGACUAAGACGCUGUGAUUUAACUCUGCACCCCCUGCACUGCCUGCACAAUGCCAAGGAAAAGACCCCAGCAGAUUGCUGUGGUCCUACUGCUGCCUCUCUUGCUCCUGUGCGUGGUGGGAAGCAGACUGAAUUGCAUUUGUGCAUCCAGCUAAACAAGCUUAGUUAGGUUGAGGCCCUACAAGGGUUGAGUGAUGAAAAUAAUCACAACACGUGUCCAUGAAUUUACAAGCUCAACACUGUAAUUACUAAUUCUGCAGUGUAACAAUGCAGAAUGUGGGAAGAAUUGUCUAAAUACACAAUAAGCCAUUUAAUUUUGCUAAUUGUAGCAAUUAGACUAGCUUGCAUGAAGCCCGUGCUCUCAGCAGAAAGCCAAAUGGAGUAAGUGGCAAGCAGCCAUUUAUAUACCAGAGACAUUAUGUUUUGAAACCCUCCCUUGAUUGUUUAUAGAGCUAGGUCUUUCCAUUACAGCAUUGAAUCCAUUCCUCUUUAUUCUGAUAAAACAGAUAAAGUUCAAAAUGAGAAUAGAUUCUUUUAAAUCUGGGAAUAAA